AUGGUGGAUAAUGAUUUUAUAAGGUCCGCUAAAAGAGCAUUAUCCGCGUUGCUUGAAAGUGCUCGUGGAGAACCGGGAAGCAAAUAUAAAUCUGAAGAAUCCGAAGAAACAUCCGAACCAAGAGCAAAACAGCUUAAACUUUCUCAAAAUGAGGAUUUUUCUACUUCUCCAAGUAAACACAAGGUGUUAUAUAAUCCAAUAGAUACCAAUGAUUUUAUGCUAGAAUGUGCACGAUAUGGUUGGACUAAUACUGAAGAAGAUAUUCUCAAGUGUGAAUAUUGUGGAGAACAAAUGCUAGUGAAGAUAAUUCCUAAUAUUGAAAUAGAGGAGAAAAUGAUAGUACAUUAUCAUGAAGGAUUAUCCAACGCACAUGCAUCUACGUGCCCAUGGCGUGAACGUCAUUGUGAUGAUUUUAUAUACAAGAUUUCACUUGCCCUGGAUCAAUCCAUUUUGAAGGGAUUUCUGACACGUGCAUCGCCUUUAAUACAACUAGGGGAUAAAUUACCGGUUAUAAAGGUCGAAAUAAAUGAGGAGUUUACACAAACUAUAAAUGCCGUGAUGCCAAGUGAAGCAAAGACCGUUGAUCAAGAUAUUUUGAUAGCUGCGGCUUGCUUGUCUUUGUUUGGAUGGGAAUACGAAUUAAUUGAUGGCUUAGAUAUGCUGAAGUGUCCGUUUUGUUUUCGUCAGUGUCCAUUAUUAAAUUAUCGGAAUAUAGCUAAACAUAGGGAAAUUCAACAAAAACGGGACAAAGGAAUUCUUCAAGAUAACCAGAAAGACGAAGAGAAUACACAGGAUAUGGAAAUACUUGAUCUUAAAUUUGAUACUGAAUUAGAACAUCGAUGGUAUUGCGCUUGGAUCACUGGGGAUGGAAAACCAAAUGUUAAUAAAACUUCCGAAGAACUGACGAAAAAAAAACCUGGUUGGCAUAUUACAUUGGAUGGAAUCGUUAGAAGCAGCAUUCCUUUUAACCCAAAUACAUCCGUUGACCUGACCGAUCUUCGAUUAAGCGAAUUGCGUAAUAAUUUAUCUCCAUCCAAAAAAAUGAUGUGA